UCCGGUGUUGCCGUCCGACUCGAAGUGUUUGCAAUGGCGCUGGUGAUGGAACCGAUCCGGCUGGACAGAGAUGUGACUCGAGCUAUUGAGUUACUGGAGAAGUUGCAAAGGAGUGGAGAGGUACCACCCCAGAAACUACAAGCUUUGCAGAGAGUGCUUCAGAGUGAAUUCUGCAUUGCUGUGCGGGAAGUUUAUGAGCAUGUUUAUGAGACUGUGGAUAUUAACAGUAGUCCAGAGGUGAGAGCCAAUGCCACUGCAAAGGCAACAGUGGCAGCAUUUGCUGCCAGUGAAGGUCAUUCACAUCCAAGAGUUGUGGAAUUGCCCAAAACAGAUGAAGGUCUAGGAUUCAAUAUAAUGGGAGGAAAAGAGCAAAACUCUCCCAUUUACAUCUCACGCAUAAUUCCUGCUGGCAUUGCUGAUCGACAUGGAGGGCUGAAACGUGGAGAUCAACUCUUAUCAGUAAAUGGUGUGAGUGUUGAAGGGGAACACCAUGAAAAAGCAGUCGAACUCCUAAAAGCUGCCCAUGGAACUGUUAAAUUGGUUGUGAGAUACACACCAAAAGUCCUGGAAGAAAUGGAAUCAAGGUUUGAAAAAAUGAGAUCAGCAAAACGCAGGCAGCAAAUCAACUAUUAGUUAUUCUAAUUCUUCACUGAUUUAAUGCGACUAUUCCAAAAUGUGUGAGAUGAGAUGAUCAGGCAACAUCAUGUGGUGAGAUGAGGUGAGAUGAUCAGGCAACAUCAUAUUUAAACCUUAUAUCCACAUUGACAGUGUAUCACUACAAAUUUUUGCUCAGUGAAAAUCCAGUAUUAACUUUUCAAUGAAGAUACUUUUAAUUAUUUAAGAUACUCAUUUUACAAUGAACAUAAUGAGUUCCUGCAUUUUUCCCAAUUUGCAUAUACUUUCUUGAAGCAAAGAUUGACAGUAUGCUGUUGGUUUAAAGUUCAAAGUAAAUAUAUAAUCAAAGUAUAUAUAUGUCAUCAUAUUCAAUCCUGAGAUUCAUUUUCUUGUGAGAAUACUCAAUAAAUCCAUAAUAGAAUAACAACCAUAAUGGAAUCAAUGAAAGAGGGCACCAACCUGGGCAUUCAGCCAGUUUAGAAAUGAAUAAACAUUGUGGUGUACUUCAACAAAUUUUGAACAACGUGUGUUGAAAGGAAGUGGAUAGGACACAGGCUACGAUUUUCCACUUAAAUUCUCCUUAUCUGGAACCUGGUCACUAAUUUUUUUUGAUCUGUGGAAACAGGAGAGUUGCUAAAUUCAUCUAUAUCUAAGUGGUAAAUGCAUAAUGUGGCUGCUAGAAGAUGGUAAUUUGGGAAGUUACUCGAGCUGUUCCAGUACUACUUGGAUGUCCCAAUGAGUUCAGCAUUGGUCAGUUAUGCUGCCAACAAAAUGGGGAGGAAAAUAUAAAAGGAUACUGGGUGCCUAUAUUUGAUUUAGGAUCAUUUGAUGUUGACAUCGCUAAUGAUUAGGUUUAAUCUCAUAAUUAAGAAUUGCCCAUUUUAAGCUUAAUUUCUUCAGAUGAGUAAGAACAGAAAAUGCUUGGGAAAAAAUUCUGAAGUGUCUCAACCUGAAACAAUCUGCCUAGAAUAUUUCUAGCAUUUUCUGUUUUCUGGAAUCUACAGUCUUGUAAUUUUUCCAAACAAACUUCUUUGCUGUAGAUCUUAGAAGAGAUCACAUUUCUUUUAAUAACUGAAUUGCUGUUAUGCAGUUCCAAUAAAGUUGUUGACAAUGAUAAUAAGUCAGUUACAGUCCACAUUAAACAUAUUGGUGUCUCAUAUUGCUAAUUAUCUGAUUUUUGGCAUUUCGGCUACAUUUAUCAAGUGAAAGAAAGUCGAGCUACUUAAUUUGACUUUGGAUCUGAUAUGCAUGCCUUUCAGAGAAUUCCAGACUCCCAAAGCAACUGUCUUUCUAUCCUUGCCACCUUGACCACUCCUGACCCUAGUAGUGCAGCGAGCCUAUGGAAAAAAAUCUAAAUCGGUCUCAACUGACCUUUAUAUAAAAUUAAUUACAGGAUUUCUUAAUUUCUCAAACCACUAAUUUUACUUCUAUCUCCAUAGAAAGACAUUAUUAAAUUUUCUUAGACCAGCAAUGAAUACACAGAAACUUAUGUUAGUUGACUUCUUACUUCAGGUUUUCUACCACUUCUGCUACUAGUUUUUACAGAACAAAUUUUGUAUUUGGGCAUCAUAAUUUUUGUACCGAACUUUAUUCUAAAACAGACAAUUUAGUAGCCCUGCAGUUAAAAGCAAAAAAGAAAUUAAUUCAAUAACUAAUUAUGCAAUAAAGACUAAAAUGAAUUUCAGCCUAAUAUAAAUGUUCUAUGGUGCCAGGAACACCAUGUGGAUUGUUUGAAUGAGUGCAUUUUUAAAACAAGGUUUUGGUAGCACUGUUCCUAUUGUCUUGGUUAGUACUACACUGAUUACCAACACUUGUGAUUUCCACACAAGAUGAAAGUACAGAAAUAUUUAAUAGUAUAAACUAGACUACUUCAUUUUGUAUAUUAGAAAGCUAGAGUGUUUUAAACUUUUAAAAUUCUGCUUGUUUGAAAUGCAUGCUCUCUUGUCUGUGGCUGUGGCAUAUAAUGCUGUACUCUAAUGUGCCAUUUUUAUACAUGGGCUUAAAUAUUAACAUCAGUAUCCAGUACCUUUUGCUCGUACGUACCUCUGGAUUGUUUGGUAAAUUGUUCUUGUGUCCCAACAGCGCAGUUCCUAAAUUCAGAAGUCUAUAUAUUAAAUUAUUUACAAAGUAUAUAUUUCAUAAUCAUUAUCAACCCUCUUGAAACUUGUGGUUGAAGUUCUUUUUAAACUAAUCUUUUUUCCUUGUCUUUAUUCAAAAGAAACACUUUUGUUAAAAGUCAAAAAUAGUGGGUUUUGAAAGUUUUUAAUCAAUUUCUUGUGCAAUAUUUGUAUUAAACAAUGUCUAAUAAUGUCAUAUUGAUAAAAUGUUAACUUGGUUACAGAACGCUACAUCUCAAUCUUUAAAGUUUUCUUGGUUCCAAUUUUGUAUGAAGACUUCAUUUACUCCAUGCACUGAUGUUAUGCUUUGAUAUUAUGCUUUUAUUUGGAUUUUGUUGAUCUUUUUGAGGAUGCUUUCAAAAUCUCUGACACCAAAUGUAAAGAGUGAAUCAUGCAGAUAAAGUGGGCUUUCAUUCUAAUUUAAAUAGUGUACUUGAUGUUUUGAAGUUGACCAAAUUAAUGCAACUUGAAAUAUAUAACACUAAUAGCAUAAAUUUACUGCAGCAUUUAAUAUUAAUGCUAAAUUUCCCUAUAUUGAGCAGGAUAAAUGUAUUGCUUUUAGUGACUUUUUAUGCCAAACCGAGUGUGAAUAAUGCCGUAUUUUGUUUGUGUGUAUGUAUAUAUUAGAAUUUUUUCAAAGGUAAAGACAUAGUGUAUUGAGGGGUUUGAUUUCUAACCAGUUUAAAAAUUAUUGUAUGGAUUUAUCUUUUAAUCCUAUCUUUGUCUACCUUUACUUGUGAAUAUUGCAAUUUGUAUUCAAAAUAAAAUGAGAGGCAACAGUAUGCUCUUCCAAACUUCAUUGA